CCCACUCCCUCUCCCAGCCGCGCCUCGCCCGUCACUCCGAGCAGAACCACACACACAAAAACCAGGAGCUGUCCCUUCCUACACUCCUGACCUCUGAUGUUCAGCAGACACUCUUUUCUGUGCAUCUUCUGUACUCUGUAAUUGUUUAUUUUUUCCACCAUGAUUCAUUUAUCAGUUUUGUAUCUCUCCACCAAGCCACCGUUUCUCUCACGGUUUUCUUCAAGAGAAGAAUAAUUGACACCUUUUCCUGCUAAAGACGUUGCAUGUUCAGCUUCUGGGCCCAAGGACACUUAACUUUUUUUCUUCCCUUCUUUCCAACUUGCUCGUUCCUCUGAGUUUUGCCUCAAGUCAAAAACAAAGCACGCUUGGUCUCAAACUGAACCCUGUUUGACUGCCUUGGCAGUCUUAUAUUUUCUACAAAAUGUGGUCUACGUUUUUUGUGCCUGAUGAGGAGGGCCGCACUGUAGGCCCAGGUACACCGGGAGUGGUUGGAGGACCUGCACCAGGAUUACCAGGAGGACCAGCCCAGGGUGCUGGAGGUCUGGCCAGCCUGAUGACUGGACGCAGUACAUUUGGUGGGAAAAAGCGCCGCAGGACGACAUCAGCAGGACAUGCCAUGAGUGAGGCCCAGGAAGGAAAGAUCAAAUUAGCGUUCUUUGUCGCCAUUGUUGGUGUAGUCCUGACAGUCCUCGGGGUCGGGACAGAGUUCUGGGUGGAGCUGGCACCCCUGAAGAAUUUCUAUAACAAUCAGACUUGUCUGACAGCCCACUAUGGUCUGUGGAAGAGCUGCACCAAGACCCUGUGGGUGUCUGAUAUUGACCCAGAGAGAGAGAGCUGCGGACCUGCCGAGCUGCCUGGAGAAUCAAACUGCACAUACUUCAAGUUCUUUACUACAGGGGAAAAUGCUGUGAUGUUUCAGAAGACGACACAGAAAAAUCUGAAUGUGGCAGCAGCAAUGCUGGCCCUGUUCAGCCUGUUCCUCAUGGUGAUGGGGGCCAUCUGCAUCAUUAUGUCUCUCAGUAAGGAGAUCCAGUUUUUCCUUAAGCCAGCAUCUGUCUUCUUCAUCCUGUCAGGUGUUCUCGUGCUCCUGUGUCUUUUGGUGUUCCACCAGUCUGUUUUGGCUUUACUGGCCAGCGAUCACACAGUUCCUCUCCACCAUGAGCUCUCCUGGUCUGUGUCGUGUAUUGGCUGUGCAGGGGCCGUCCUCAUCGUGGGUGGGAUCCUCUUCCUGCUGCUGGCGUUGCCCUACAGCCCCUGGCAGAAGUGUCUCCCUCACAAGGACAGCAGUAGCUAGUGGACUGUAGUUAAUGGUGUACUUUACCUGUCCUGCCUGUGAGGAGGAGGGUGCAGAGAGGUGAGGAGGUUUCCCACAGAUGUCUUAGCAGAGAGAUUGCUUUUUCUGUUGGCUUAGAGGAAUCAAAGCAUUUUGAUAGGAGAAUCAGUCUCUUCACAUCGUGGGCUCCUAAUUUAGUAUAAAAUAGCUAUAAUUUCUACUGCAGCUGCACAGUGAGCCCUUAUGGGUCACAUAAUUAUUUUUUUCUAUUACAUAUAGCAAUUUUAGUACCACAUAUGUAGAAUACGGUCUACAAUCUUAUUGCUUAGAUGUGUGUGGGAAACACUUUGGUAUUGUCUUACUGAUGAUCCUGCAGGGUUAGAAGCCAUUAUUGUUCAAAAAUGUGUUUUUUAAAUACUGAUUAUUUUCAGCCGUAUAUUUAAACUCAUUAAAGUGAUUUAAGUAUUUGUUGAAAAUAAAAUAUGUGGCUAACCUCAGUGCUAACAUUUUUAACCCCUUAACUGGCAAGGG